GAGUCCGGCUUCACACUUUCGUAGUUAGAUUUCAACGGACGGAGUACAGUUGAAGAUUAUUUUAAGAGUUUGGAGUCCAGUAACUGUUAUAUUUUGCGGGGAAUAGGAGGAGAUGGCGGCCGUCCUGCUCCAAGUUCUGGAGCGAACGGAGUUAAAUAAACUCCCGAAGGGCGUCCAGAACAAGCUGGAGAAGUUUGUAACGGAGCUGCAGAAUGCUAACGAGGCGCUCAAGACGCAGCAUGAGCGGUUCAAAGCGGACAGCGAGCAGCAGUACUUUGACAUUGAGAAAAGGCUGGCGGAGAGUCAGGAGCAGAUCCUGUCAGCCACCAGAGAUCUGCAGACCCUCAAGGAGGAAAAUAAAAAACUCAAUGAAGAGCUGAGCACUCUGAAGGGAAUAGAGGGAGAGACCAUUGAAGAUAAACCACAGCAGCAGCAGCAACAAACAAAGACCAAGUAUGAGAUUGAAGCGGAGAAGAGAGAGCUGGCGAGGCUGCUGGAGAAGAGAUCGCAGGAGGUGGAAAAUCUCACGGACGAUGUGAAGCGUCUGAACGAGAAGCUGACCGACGCCAACAAAGUGAAGAUGGAGCUGCAGCUGAAACUGGAUGAAAUUCAGUCGUCUGCAGCUUCCAUUCAGCACCGGGAGAAGCGCAUGGAGCAGGAGAAGGAGCUGCUGGAGAAGAAGAUCGAGUGGUUGACUGCAGAGCUGAAGACCAAGACUGAAGAGCUGCUCAACACCAACAGAGAGAAGGGCAAAGAGAUAGUGGAGCUUCAGGGGAGUCUGACGAGCAGCAGGGAGCAGGUGAGCAUGCUGGAAAGUCAGCUCAGCUCUCUGAAGCAAACCAGCGAAAGCCAGAAUAAAAGAGCCGAAGACCUCAACAACAAACUGAAGCAGGCUAAAGACGAGCGCAGCGCCAUGGAGGAGAAAUACCGCAACGAGCUCAGCGCUCACACCAGGCUGUCUUCACUCUACAAGGGGGCAGCGACAGACAUGGAGACCAAGAACCAAGAACUGAGCAGAGCAGUGGAGGAACUCGGCAAGCUGGUGAAAGAGUCUGGAGAAGCCAAUAAGGCUCUGCAGAAGAAGGUGUCUGAGGGCGAAGAGUUGAAGACGCGACUUGAGGCGGAGCUGAGAGAGAAGAUCAAGAAAAUGGAGAAGGAGCUGGAAAACGCUACGAUGAAGGCUUCGGGCAAACACUGCUGUGCACCUUCUCUGACUGAGGAACAGCUGGACUCCAUGUGUCCUUCAGCUGCUGCCAUCGCUGCCAUCGUCAAACCUGGCAUGAAGUUCUUUGAUCUGUACAACGCGUACGCUGAGUGUCAGACGCAGCUUCAGCUGGAGAAGCAGGAGACCAGGAGAGUGAGCAGAGUGCUGGAUGAGAUCGUCCAGGAGGUGGAGUCCAAAGCUCCCGUCCUCAAACGGCAGAGGGAAGAGUAUGAGAGCAUGCAGAGGUCCAUGGCCUCGCUGUGCAACAAACUGGAACAGGCCCGAACGGAAAUCUACAGUCUGCAGAAGGAGAAAGAAGAGGCAAAGCAGCACUGUGAUGCCCAAGAGAGAGAAAAACUGAGGACUGAGAGACUGUUAGACGACACGUCUGCACAGGUUUGUUCUCUGCUGGCUGAGCUGGAGGAAGCCAGAGGGAACCGGGUGACCAAAGACGACGGCAGCUCUGCAGACAUUUCCAGCACUUCUGAGGUCACCAGCCGUGGCCAGCUGUCCUUCCGCAGCGUGGAGGAGCUGCAGAGGCAGAACCAGAGUCUGCUGGGGAGGCUGAGGGAGCUGGAGGAGGAAAAAGACAGACAGCAGAGCCAAGCAACAUCAGCACGUAUCACAGAGUUGGAGUCCAGCGUUGGUAAACUUCAGAAGGAGCUGGAACAGCUGAAGGAGCAGAGGAAUCAGCAGAAACAGCUGGCAGACUCCAACGCCAGGCAGAGGGACAUGUACAAGGCGCUGCUGACUCAGAGCACCGGCUUCAGUCUGCCGCCUCAAGGCCCGGACUCUUCUUCCCAACCUGCUCCAGUCCGUCCCUCAGUUCCAGCGACUCGCUCUACUCCUCAGAGAGCCGCUGCUGCAGAGUCGGCUCAGACUGCUCAGACUAAAGCUGCUUUGAAACAGAUCAACGACGCCUUCACUCUCUAUAAGAAGGAGAAGGCCGAGAAUGACAGGAUGCUGAAUGAAACAAACGACCGGCUCCAGAAGCAGCUGACAGAACUUCGCUCCAGUCAGGCCAAGCUCACCUCCCAGCUGGACUUCAGCAACAAGAGGUAUGAGAUGCUCCAGGAGACGGUAGCAGCGUACCGCAGGGAGAUUUCUGCCCUACAGGAGAGGAACCAAAAGAUGGCGGCAAUGGCCCAGCGACACGAACACGUCAUCCACACAAUGAGCCAGGACCUGAGGCAGACCGGCGAGAAACUGGCGCUGGAGAGUUGGGACAGAAGUCUCUGUGCGUGUGGAGAACCCUGGAAACUAAAAGGAAAGAAGAAAGAAAAAAACAUGCUAGACAAGCAGAGAGUCCGGCUCAGCAGGGAGACGGAAGCCAUGGUGGCCGAGCAGCGAAACCAGAACCUGCUGCUCACCAACCUCAAAGACAUGCAGCUGACGAUGGAGCGCUCCGAGACGGACACUCGUCAACGAUUCAACAACAAAAUAGAGAAACUGGAGGCAGAACUGGCUUCAAUGAAGACCAGACUGGACCAGGAGGUUGCUCAGAGACAUACCUCGGGCCGCACUAUGGACGCUCAGUUGUUAGAAGCGAAGAAGCAGCUGGAGACCCAGAACACGCUGCAGCAGAAGACCAGGGAGCUGCUGCGUAGCUCUGAACAGCAGGUGGCUGCACUGAAAACCCAGCUGGCUUCUGCCUCCUCCUCUGAAGCCGUCGGCACCUUCCAGCAGCACGGCCGCCCCAGCUACCAGAGCUGCAGGCCUGCGGGCGCCGCUGAGAGGCCCAGCCAGUCAGAGCAGGAGGCUAUGCGUUCCCCUCUGGAGGUCCGGCUGAAGGAGUCGAGGAAGGUGCCAGAAGCAGCCUGGAGGCGAGGAAUUUCAGAGGUGGAGAAAAUGAAACAGGAGGAGCAAGAGGAGAAAAGGAAAGCUGUGGACGCAGUAGAGAAACAGGUGUCUGAGCUGCAGCGCAGUCUGAAGGCCAGUCAGGCCGAGCAGCAGGAGGCGCUAGAGAGAGCUGCUGCUGCUGUUACACUGGAGCAAAAGGCCAUACAGGACAGCCUGCUGCAGACCAAACUCGCUGGAGAGGCGCAGGCCAAGUAUGAGCGAGAGUUGAUGCUUCACGCUGCCGAUGUGGAGGGUCUGCAGGAGCUCAAAAGAUCCCAACGAGAAGAAACACAGAAGAGAGAGCUGGAGGAGGAGCUGAAGAAGACUUCCUCCCUCCUGCAAGAAAAAACUGCAGCUUUAAACACAGUGGAGAUGCAGCUGAAGGAGGAUCUGUCCAAUCAGAGCCGUCGCUGUGAGGAGCUGGUGAAGCAGAAUGCUCUCCUGCACCAGCAGAUGGAUGAAAUGGCCACAAAGAGCCGCCAGCUGCAACAACAGCCACAGCAGCUGGACCUGUCGUUCAGCGAGGAAGGGAAGACCACCGAACAGAUUCUGGAAAUACUGAGGUUUGUGCGGCGGGAGAAAGAGAUCGCCGUGGCUCGAUGUGACGCAUCAGACGGUGAAACUCUUCGCUACAAACAGCGAGUUGAACAUCAAGACAGAGAACAAGAGCUCCAGGAAGCUCUGAACGCUGAGAGGGAGAAGAUUCAGGCCUCAGCAAAGACUCUGGCCCAGCAGGAGGAACAGCUGAAGAAGAUGGAGAGCAUCAGUGCUCUCCAGGAGACCAACAGGAUUCUGAAAAUGGACCAAAAUAAACUGGAGCAGGAGCUGCAGCAAGCUCAGGCUAAAGUAACGAAGCUGCAGUCGGACAUCAACCCUCUGCAUCACUCUCUGUCUGUUCUGUCAGAGCAAAACGGCGCCUUGCAGGCCGACAGGAGGCUGCUGGAGGAAGAUGUGAAACGUCUGAAGGCCAAAGUACAGCAACUGAUCAGCCAACAGAAAGACGGAGACGCUGAGGAGAAACAGAAACUCACCAAUGAGAGAGAAGCUCAGCAGAGACGCAUCACUCAGCUGACUGAAGAGACGGCCAAGCUGAAGACUGAGCUGGCCAGGUCCAACGCCAGCAGUAACUCAGCUCAGUCUCAGCUGCAAGCCCUCCGAGACAACGUGACCCGUCUGACGUCAGAAAGAGACACACUAAAGAAAGACCUGGAAACCAAAAACGGCGACAUCGUGGAGAAGAACAAGACCAUCACCCAGGUGAAGAAGAUCGGACGACGUUACAAGACCCAGUAUGAGGAGCUCAAAAUCCAGCAUGACAAGCUGGUGGAAGAAAGCGCCGCUAAGGCAGGAAAUGAGGCGGCUCCGAGUCAGGAGGUGCAGCAGGAGCUGAACAAAGCUCAGGAGGAGCUCAACAAGACCCGGGAGGAGCUGAACAAACUGAAAGAAGAGGUGCAGAAAAAACAGCAGGAGGCUCAGAAGUCCCAGCAAGAGUUGGAGGCAGCCCAGAAAGAAAACCAGCAGACCAAGGACAAGUUACAGGAAGUCCAGAACCAGCUGACACAGAACCAGAACCAGCUGACACAGGUCCAGUCCCAGCUGUCCCAGACCCAGACUCAACUGCAGCAGAAUCAGAACCAGCUGACCCAGACUCAGAAAGACCUUCAACAAGCCAAGAGCCACACCGUGCAGGUCCAGAACCAGUUCAAGUCUGCUCAGUCUCAAACUCUGGCUCGUCAGAACCAAAUCCAGCAGCUUCAGAGGGAGCUUCAGCAGGCUAAAGAGAACCUGCAGCAGAACCUGGCUAAUCAGAAAGAGCAGCAGCAAAGCAGCCAACAGAGCCACGUCCAGGAAGUCAGCAAUCUCAAGACGUCUCUGAGCCAAGCAGAGAGCAAGGUGACUGAGCUUCAAGGCCAGCUGGACAACGUGCAGAAGACGGUUGCUGAGCGUGAAGCAGAUGUGAAGCGUCUGCAGGAGCAGCUAACUGAAGCUAACCAGGCUAACGAAGCUAGCCGAGCUGCUCAGGCCAACCAGAACCAGAGCGCUCAGUCCAUCCAGGCCGGUGAAGCUAAUGCUGCUAGCGAUGCUAACCAGGCUCUGCAGGAGGAGCUGGCUAAACUCAGGCAGGAGCUGUCUGAGUGUAAGAGCAGAGAGGAGCAGCUCAAACAGCAAAUGACUGACAAAGACGAGAAAACCAAGAAGAUCUUCAUGGGAGCCAAGACUAAAAUCAGCCAAUUAAAUAGCGCCAAGGAGCAGCUCAGUCAGGAAAUAGAGGAACUGAAGCAGAACAAGGAGGAGAUGGAGGUGAGAAUGAAUGCCCUCAAGUCUCAGUACGAAGGACGACUUCUUCGGCUGGACAGAGAACUGAGAGAGCUGAGAGAGACACAGACACACCCGGACUCCAGAGAAGAACCACAGGACCAGAGUGGAACAAAGGUGGGUGAUCAGGCGAGAUCUACAGACCAGAGACAAAUUUCUUUGAAGAGUCCUGCUCAAGACCGGGGAAGCUCCAGCCUCUCUGAGCCUCCCACCGCCAACAUCCGGCCCACCCCGAGUACUCCGUCUCCUAGCAACAAGCCAAGCCCCUCCCCUGGCAGCAAGGCCACGCCUCGUGCCAGCAUCCGGCCUAUGGUUACCCCGGCAACUCUAACCAUCCCAACACCUACAGCCACUGUGAUGCCGACGACACAGACUGACAGCCAAGAGGUGCUGAUGAGUGCAGGAGCUUCUGUCCACUCCACCACCUCUGCUCUGGUCAACACACCCACCUCCAUCACUCAGCCAACCAGCACCCAGACCACCGCUUUCGUCCAACCCACCCAGCAGCAGGCAGCCAAUCAGGACGCAGCGUCCAGCAUGGAGGCGGAGCGACCGUCCACGUCCUCCUCUCUGAUCGGAACAGCGGGUUCAAAGCGAAGCAGAGAGGAAGAGGAGGAGGAAGAGGAGAGCAGACCAGAGAGUUCCCACACAACCACAAAAAAGCUGCGACUGAAACCGUCGAUAGAGCUGCAGAUGGAAGGGGAUGAGGAGAUAGACGGAGACGAAGGACAACAGCAGGAUUCUCCGGAUGACAGCCAGGAGCUCCCAGAUGAUAGUUUCCCCGUCUUGGCUGAAGACACGGAGGACGUGGAGGACGAGGGCGUGUCCCAGUCGGUCCCCUCCGAUCAAAUGUCCUCCCAGGGCUCCAUCAUAGUCCGAGACGUGAUCGUGAUCGAUACCGACAGCGAGAGUCGUGAGAGCAAAGAGGAGAGGCGGGAGGGCGACGGGGAGGAGGAAGAAGAUGAGGAAGGGGAGGAGGAGGAGGAGGAGGAGGAGGAGUACAAGGAGGAAGAAGAUGACGAGGACGACGAUGCUGCCGACAGCGGGAUGAGAGGAGGAGACGAGAGCAACGAGGAGAGCAGAGGAGCUGAAGAGGAGGGAGAAGACGAGGAGCCGUCGGAAGGAAACAAUGCCGAGGAGAACAUCUCUGGAGCUUCUUCAGGCUCCCAGCAUCCAUCUGAGGCGACGCACAGCGGUGAAAGCAGCGGUGGCGCCACAUCAGAGUCCGACCCCCCCAGAGACCCUUUACACCUCCCCCCAGCCUCUUCCUCUGGACCCUCCCCUUCCUCGUCCGCCCUCACCCCCCGCCUCCCCCACACCCGCAGGCCUCCACACGCCCUCCCACCUCGACUCUACAUCCAACCUCCAGCACCUGAACUGGGACCUCCACACACACAGAGACAGUCCUCUCAGCUGCGCAGACCUUCAGCAGGACGUGGGCCUCAGUUAACUCCUGGAAUCGGCAGUAUGCAGCCCUUCUUUGAUGACGAUGACAGAAUGGUUCCCAGUACUCCCACUCUGGUCGUCCCGCACCGCACUGACGGCUUCGCUGAGGCCAUACACUCUCCUCAGGUAGCAGGUUUGUCCACCAGGUUCAGGUUUGGACCUCCAGAAGAUCUGCUGCCUCAGACGUCGGCUUCUCACUCUGACCUGGGACAGCUGGCCUCUCAAGGAGGUCUGGGUAUGUACGAGUCUCCUCUGUUCCUGGCUGCUCACGAUGAAGACGGAGGAGGAAGGAGCGUCCCCACCACACCGUUACAAGUAGCUGCACCAGUGACCGUCUUCACAGAGUCGCUGCCCUCAGACAGCGCUGACAACAUGGCCUCCCAGUCGGUUCCCAUGGUAACCGCCUCCACCGGGAUGGCCGCUGCAGCAGAUGAUGGAGACGAGGUCUUCAUGGAGCAGGAAGGAGACGGCCCUGGGAUUGAAUCUUCUCUGGAGAGCCAGACGGACAUGGAACAACAACAACAACAACAAAGUGACGACGCAUCGCUGCCGUCCACCAGCCAAGACCCCGACACCAGCAGCAUUCCUCUGCGUCGCUCUUUGGCCGGUCAGCCUCUGAUGAGCGGCCUGUCCAGUCGAGGAACCAGAGGAAGAGGAGAAACCAGGACGUUGCUCAGCCGCAGAGGAACUUUCUCUCGAGGAGGAAGAGGAGGAGCCAUGGGCCGAGGGGGCGUCGCGUAAUGGUGACGUCACCGUUAGGACAUUAAAAAAAAUCGACAUUUCAAAUUCAGUGCAUCAGUAAAUCAAAGUCAAUAAUCCCACUAUUACAGGUUAGAUCUGACAGCUUUGUUUGGAUGUGAGCGCUUCUGAGACACGAAAGGUCACACUGUUGGUGAAACUCACCGGUUGUUUUGUAAUUUUUUUCCAUGGGAGGAGUCUAAGUUUUGGAAUUUUUAGUUUUGCUUUUGUCUGUCAGCUGUUGAUACACGUUUUAAUAAUAAAGUGGAAUAAUGAGUA